GUGGAGGUUACAGUAGUCGCCUCCUGUUCGUCAACACCUGUACACCGUGGUGCGCUGCUGCUUGCACGAAACCAGGACUCCUCCCGUUCGCAGUUCACGUCUCGUCAACAGAGAUUUCACGAGAUGACCAACCUGAGUGUCGCCAUCUUGCUGCUGCUUCUGGUCCAGACCGCAACGGUCCAAGGCAGUUGCUACGGUGCCUAUUCGAACAUCGACGAAGAGACCGGAAGUACAUACUGUAUGGCAGAGGACAGCGUUAGACUGGAGGUAGGCGAGUGGUACCUCACCUCUUCUUGCUUUAACUGCUCGUGCAGUGAGACAGCCAUGUCCUGCUGUGGAGUUGGCAUUCACGCAGGAGCGAUGGCUACACCACCAGGCUAUAAAGUUGAGUUGAUCCCACCCUGUGGAUACAGGUUCGUGAAGGACACAAAGUAAACUUUCACACCACGAUUCAUGACAAGGAAUUCCGAUCUGCAUUCUCUUCAUUUCGUGCAGCUUGUAUCCCCUGAAAGGUGCACCAUGACAUUAUGCUUACCUGACAGGAAUUCCACCUUUCAUGAACAAUAGCUAUUUAUAGCAACUUCUGGAUGAACAGGUUCACGACUUCGUUGUUUGAUCACGUGAUCGAGAUCGUUGUAACUACAUGUAAUUAAAUAAACCAAUAUGGUGCCGAC